AGCAUGUGUAAGACGUAAACAAAAUCCGCUUAGCUUUUGUCGUACGGUUGGUUUGAUUUUUCUUUCUUAUAUGUUUAGUUAAUUGAACAGUAACUUUGGGGUAUGUACGAGCCUUGCAAUGUAAAUUUUACACGUCUUCUCACGUUUCAUAAGCUAUUGCAUUUGUUUUGAAUACAAAUCAGCAACAAGAGUUGUUAUAUGACAUAUUUCUAAAUGCUAUAAUUCUAUAUCUAAUUUUAGUAUGAUAAUGAUAAUGUUUAGUAUGAUAUUAAUAAGUUGUUGACGUGAAACACUUGUUUAACUCCAAAACAGCAUCUGACUAAUUGUUUUAUAAUUAUCACGUAAGCAGUUUUUAUGACCUCAUAUUAAUUGAGGUUACAUGGAUUAUACUUUUAAAAAAAUAAUUAGUCAAGCCACAGGGUCAUUUAAAAUGAACUAUUAAAGGCAAAAGGUGGAAAAGCUAAGAGAAACUGUGACCAGUUAGAGGACCUUACACACACACUUUCGUUUAUACAUUAAUAUACAUGUUAACCUAAAAUCUUGAUGUUGAUUUAAAACAAAGAUGUUAUGCUACUACAAUAUUGAUCAAUCAUUACAUAAAAUCAUAAUUAAGCAUGCAAUCUAUUUAUUUCUGAGUAUUAUUGCAAAGUAACUGACCCGUAUCAAUAACCUUCAGUGUAUUUCUCUAAAUGAAACCAUAGUAUGUCUCGCAUUUGUAAGAAGAAACCUGCUGUGUGCACAGAUGAACCACUUUCCGACAGUGACAUCUGCCAAAAGAUCGCUCUGUUGAGAAAUAUACUCAGUACUGCCUAUGGACCUACUGGCAGACUGAAACAAAUACACAACAAUGUUGGGGGCCACGUCUUGACCACUUCAACCUCUACAGCGCUGCUCAAACGAGUAGAUAUGUCUGAGCCACUUCUCAAACUGAUCUCAACUUCUAUUCAACAUCACACCGCACGUUACAGUGACUGUGGGCUGUUUAUGGGGAUUUUCAUGCUAAGACUUAUUGAAAAUACUCAAAAAUAUAACCUCAGGACAGUUGUAGCAGCCAAGUCAUACAAACGCCUUGUGGAAGAAUGUAACAUGUAUCUUAAAGGAGACUCUUGUGGUUGUAAGGUCUCAGUAGACUUCAGCAGCUGUGAUUCACUCGUCACACUGGCCCGCAGCAUGAUCACCAGCAAACCAGCCUGCAUGUUGAAUAGCAGGGAGACACAGCAUAUCAGUUCACUGAUCGCACAGGCCUUUCUGUAUUCAAUCCCUUGCAACUCUCCUGGUGUGAGCUGCUUCGGAAGCACGGUUACCAUCGGCAUUGAGGGCCAAUCGGUGAGCGAUUCUUCUGUUUUCCCUGGGCUGCUGGUGGAUGUCCCUGAGAUGCUUCAGCCUGCAGAUCUUAAGAGACUGGGAUCUGGCCCAUUUAAAGUGGUGCUUUUUAGUAUAUCACUGUCAGGUGAUUUCUCUGAGUUUGGAGAUGUAACAUUGGAGAUCCAUACGGGAGUGGACCCAGAGCUUGAUCUCUUUCAGCAGCUCCUGAAGCUUGGGGAACACGUUGUAAAAGACAAAGUGAGCUUAUUUGCAUGUCAGAAAGUAGUACAUCCAGUCCUUCAGCACUUCUUGAGGGAACAUGGAGUGGUGGUGAUAGAGAGGCUUGGACUUGCCCUGAUGGAGCCGUUUAUCCAGAUAACAGGUGCUCAGGCUGUUGCUUCUCUUUGCUCUCCAGUCCUGGCAGAAGCUUACGGGUUGGUUAGAGGGUUCUGUUUCCACUCAUGUGGAUCCAAAGAGCUGCUCCAGCUUCUUCCUUCUAAAGAUGCUGCAAUUAGCACCGUGGUACUUUGCCACAGAAAUGAAACUAUGCUGGAAGAACUGAAGAUGACAUGCCAGAGAGCAGAACAUGUGUUGCGACUGACUCUGAGGGAGCCCUACGCCCUGCUUGGAGGAGGCUGCACAGAGACACUGCUGGCCACCCACAUCACACACAUGAAUCAGUCCACAGCCACAACAACAGCUGCAGCUCUGGGCGUCUCUCACUCUGAGUUCCUCAUGGCAGUCAAAGCAUUCUGCAGCUCUCUGCUUGCUGUGGCACUUUCCUUAGAGCAUGAUGGGCAGGACUGUCUCAUUGACCUGACAUAUGCUCACCGAUGGGUCCCAGAUAUCUACUCCCAAACCAGUGCUAGACAAACCUGUGGCUGUGGCCUGGUGGAAGACAGAUCCAACCUGGAGAAGACCCCACUAAAUACAGCGUGCCACACUUUCUCUCCUGUUUUCUUGGAAAACACUGACAAUCAGCCCAGAAUAUUAGAUUCAUUUUCUGCCAAGCUUAAUGCUUUAAAUGUGGCGGUCGAGAUGGCUAAUUUUGUUCUUGAUGUAAAAUAUAUAAUAAAGGAUAUCAACUGAAUUUUGAUGAAUGAAGAACUGUGCUUUGAAUAAAGAUUCUAGGUUUGAUAUAUUUUAUAAUCAAAUGAUUUUCCAAGACUUUUUUCCUCCAUAACUCCUUGUGGCAAAGUAUGCAUUAAAUAUUCCUUACAUUAACCCUCCAAAACCAAAAUAUGAGGAACGCAGAGAGUUGUCUCAUGCUGUAAGUGUCGCAAUAACCUGCACUUUAUGCAAAUAUUCAAACAGCUAAACCUGCAGUCAUAAAGACAACUGAACUUUUAAAUAAAGCAAAUUAAAGUUUCAUGGCUACUAAGAAGUACUUAUGGUAGGUACAUGUUCUCAAUUCACCCGUAUUUGACAGGAGUGGCAAAAGGUCCUGCUUAAAUCAUCACCAUUGUGUCUUUGGUAGCUGCAGGGGUAAUGUUCCUGUAAUUAGUGCACUGACUGCAAGGGUAAAAAACAUCUGCUAAAUUACUACAUAGAACUAUCUACUCUAGGAAAUUAUAUAUUGUAAGAAAGAACAACGAGUUGUGUGUUUUGUACAUGUAAUUCCCCGCAGUAGGUGUAGUCUUUGAUUUCAGAUCUUUUCCAGUACGUUAACAUUCCUGCUGUUGAUUUGGCUAUUAAAGUACCUUUUCGUCCCACCAGUCAAAUUCUUGCUUCACUUCAAAUGCUCUUAUUGUCAUUUCACUCAACGAUUCUAUGUUCAUUACAAA